AAAAACUCAACUCAGUCCCCCCCCCCCCCACCAUGGACCUCUAUCUCUACUGUACUAUUCUCAUGCUUCUCUUCUAUCUUGGUCGCUCUGAUUCUUCCAUCAAUGUAGGCCACAGAGUCAGUCUCGCAGUGCCGGUGGAAUACAUUACUGGAUUCAAUGGAAGAGCUUUUGUUAUGGAGACAGACCAGAUGGAGCCAAAUUUCAGAGCUGCAUUGAGUAUUGAAGCCAUGAAUGAGAAAUAUUCGUGUUCUUUGGAAGUGUUUCUUGGAGAUGUGAAGCUCAAGGGUCCCAAAGGAAAAGCAGGUUGGUGGACUGGGACUUCUGGACAAGGUGUGGAGAGAUUACAGAUAUUGAGGACUGGCAAUCUGGUCUUGCUUGAUGCUUUAAACCGGAUAAAAUGGCAGAGUUUCAAUUUUCCAACAGAUGUAAUGCUGUGGGGACAGAGACUGGAUGUGGCCACCAGGUUGACUUCAUUUCCAAGCAACUCAAGUACAUUCUAUACCUUUGAAAUUCAACACAACAGGGUUGCCCUGUAUGUAAAUUCAGGUGACUUAAACUAUUCUUACUGGGAAUUCAAGCCUUCUAAAGAUAGGAACAUUACUUUUGCUGAAUUGGGUUCAAAAGGUUUACUUUUAUUCAAUGAAAAAUACAAGAAAAUUGCGCAGAUUUCGUCGCAGAUAUCACAACCUCUCAGAUUUCUGGCUCUGGGGAAUCAAACAGGAAAUUUGGGACUAUAUUUCUACUCACCUGAAAUGGGAAGGUUUGAAGCCUCAUUUCAAGCACUUAACAGAAGCUGUGAUCUUCCUCUAGCAUGUAAGCCUUAUGGGAUUUGUACUUUCUCCAAUACUUGUUCAUGCAUAAGACUCUUAGCCAAGGAAGAUCAGAACCAUGACCACUUGAGUUCAGGUUGUAAUGAGGGGAUUUCAGGAGGAUUCUGUGGGAAAACUCCAAUGGAAACGCUGGAAAUGCUUGAAUUGAAUGGGGUCAGCAGCAUACUAACAGAUGCACCAAGGAGGGUUAACGUUAGCAAGGAAGAAUGCUCGAAUUCGUGCUUGGAUGACUGUGAAUGUGCAGCUGCAAUGUAUUCAUCUAUACUUCAAGAAUGCUUUCUUUACAGAAUGGUUGUGGGGGUUAAACAGGUGGAGAGAGAAUCAGGGUUGAGCUAUUUGGUGAAGGUUCCCAAAGGAAGCAAAGGAAAUCACAGCAAACACAAUGUAAAGAAAUGGGUUUUGGUCUUGGUUGGUGUUGUUGAUGGGUUGAUAAUUCUGCUUGUUUUAGGAGGUCUUGCUUAUUAUUUGAUUAGGAAAAGAAAAGGAAGUUCUUCUAUUGACAAUAACAGAUGACAGCAUGCGAUUUUUUUGAAUUUUUUUCUUUAUUGGGAGUUAACAAAGAUGAGAGAACACAAUAUUUUUUGAAUAUCACUGUUUAGUUUGAUUUGUUUUGUUACGAUCAAAUUAAAAGGAUAAUUAGGGUUUUUUUUAAUAAGAAUUUAAUUUAGUA